AUGGAUGAAAUUAAUGAAGUUGUUGGGGAAAUCUUUUCAAGGAUACAGUAUACAACACUUACAUAUGAGCGCUUGAAUAGAAUUAAGAAAUAUUUCAUUGAAUCGCAAAUACUUACAUCAAAUGAAUUGGAUGCAUUUAAGUGGAUAACUGAUAAUAUGGAAACAAUCUAUAAGGAUCCGAUAAAUGCAUGCAAAAAAUUACGUGUUGCUAUUGGUAAUCGAAGUAUUCCAAUUGAGUUCGCUAUAAAGGCUCUCCAGCCAUUUGUCGAGAAUCAUACAAUCCGUAUGACAGAUAUGAUCAAGUACUGCUCAUAUGAGGGACGAAAGAAAAUAACCAUCAAUGAAUUGUCGCAUAUACUAAAACGCUUAAUGAAAAUGAAUAUUAAGCAUGUUUUGUUUGUCGAUUCUCAUUCCAUUCCUACAGUACUACUUUAA